AUGCACUCGUCCUUAUUCAUCUACAACCGCUCCAACGUAUACGAGGCCUUCGAGAACAGGCGACGAGGCUUUAUGCCCAGUGUACACAUUCUUCGCCACGGCUACCCCAAUGCUGCAAUAUGGAGCUAUUCCGAUAUUUUGCCCGCUCUCCCCGACGGCAACAGUGAUCCGGAAGAGAUUUCGAAACGAGCGAUGCCCAAAACCAAAGCCGUUAUUGUCACUCACAUGUGGGGCUUGCCAUGCCGGAUGGCCCAGGUUGUGAAGAACACCCGCAGAGUCAACGGAGGUAUCAAAGUCCUCGAAGACUGCUCGCACGCCGCCCACGGAGCCGUGGUUGAUGGAAAGCUUGUUGGGACGUGGGCGACAUGGUGGUCCCUUCAAGCUAAAAAGAACUUGCUUUAUGCGGCUUACUUCACUAGUGAGGUAAAAGAGAUCCCGUUCCUUGAGAUGCCUGAAGUACAUGACUCUCAAAAGGAUCGUCACUCUUGGUACGCGUUCCUGAUGCAAUUCAACCCGGACGAGGCCCCACGAGGGUUGACUCGUGAAAAGUUCGUCAAGCAACUCGAAGACCGUGGGCUAAAGGAGGUAGACAUUCCGAGAUCGACUGGCCUCCUCAACGAUGUGCCAUUAUUCACGCAGUCACACGAGGCCAUUCCGAGAUUCGGCGACAAACGGUGGACAAAGCCUCAACCGACAUCAGACUUUCCCCGUGCCAACGAGUUUUGGAAGAGAGCAAUUAAAUUACCCAUGUGGGCAACCGAACAUGAUAAACCAAUUGUAGAGCAUUACGCUCACACGUUCCUUGCUGUGGCCAAGGAUGCCAUUCGCAACGCGAUUGCGAAUGGCGGAAUGGCGGGUCAAGGCCAAGAAAGGUUAAGGCAUUCUUUUACCCAAGCUUGA